GGGGAAAUUGGCACGGAAAACACGAAAUACGGCGGCGGCGCGGAGGUGGCGCUACGUUUUACUACCAGAGUGGUAAAAGUCAACCCUCGUGAACGGAAAUUUGCAGUGUGCGCCUUCGGACGAAGCUGAAAAGAGUGGUUGGUCGUUUGCGGGUGGUUUGGUCUCAUCAAAACAUCAGUUGUUUUUGCCGCGGGACAUAGUGUAGUGCAUUUGAUAUUUUGCCCUCCCAUCUUUAGCAUACUGAAAGGAGAAAGUCAUUGGCAAAAAUAAUGGCCCCCAACGCAGCAGAACCUCGACCGAAUGCCGAAUCCAGCUCGACCGGCAUCAAUGCCGUGCUCCUUGGACCGCCCGGAUCCGGUAAAGGAACGCAGGCGCCACUGCUGAAGGAAAAAUAUUGCGUAUGUCACCUGUCUACCGGCGAUAUGCUGCGGGCGGAGAUUGCGUCCGGCUCGAAACUCGGCGCACAGCUGAAACGGGUGAUGGACGAGGGAAAGCUGGUGUCCGAUGAGCUGGUGGUCGAUAUGAUCGACUCGAACCUUGACAAGCCCGAAUGCCGCAACGGGUUCCUUUUGGAUGGAUUCCCGCGCACCGUGGUGCAGGCCGAGAAGUUGGACAACCUGCUCGAAAAGCGCCAAACCGGGCUGGAUGCCGUGAUCGAGUUCGGCAUCGACGACAGCCUGCUGGUACGACGCAUCACCGGCCGCCUGAUCCACCAGGCAAGCGGGCGAUCGUACCAUGAAGAGUUCGCCCCACCGAAAGUUCCCAUGUGCGACGACGUUACCGGCGAACCGCUGAUGCGUCGUAGCGACGACAAUGCCGCGGCGCUCGUGAAACGGCUCGAUGCCUACCACAGGCAAACGAAACCCCUGGCCGACUAUUACGCCCUGCGGGGACUGCAUUUCCGCGUCGACGCCGCCAAGAGUGCGUCGGACGUGUUCGCCAACAUUGACAGUAUCUUUACCAAGCAGCGUGCGCAUCGGUUGGGGCUGUAAAAGGUCUCAAGUUCCCCUUCCGACGACGCCCCCUGUACUCGAUACGAUACGAAAUAUCCGGCACAACCGUUUAGCUACCUGUGUACUCUUUUUUUUUCUACAACGAUAUUUUUUAAUCUACAAACGUUCCUCAUAUCACCCUCGGACUCGACAAAGUGAUGAUGUGGAAUGCGUCCAACGGCCCGACCCCACCAACACCAUCACCACCCGCCACCUGAAUUCCUGUCAACUGCACUGGAUGGUCAGAUUGAUAGUGUUUCUAAUUAUUAAGCGUGUUUAAAGUGAACGCUAACAAACUGACGGGAAUAAUGCAGCUAAAAACCCAUCAAUCGGUGUUGUCGAGCAGCGUCGUGUUAAAGAGUGCAAAAUAUCGAGCGUCGUGAAGUAAACGCGGAAAUCUUCCAAGCGGGGAAGGUACGGAAUCGGAAUUCGUGCGUUACAUGAGAGAGAAACAGCAAUCUUAUGUUGCUGCACAACUGUGUGUUGUUGCUAAUUGGCGAAGGAGAUUAUAGAUAUAUGAAUGUCGAUAUAGCAAUAUAAUAAAUUCCUUUGGGACUUUGGAACUGUAA